AUGAGGCCCUUGACAAUCGUUCUCUGUCUCGUUCCGACGAUAGCUAUCGCCGCCGAAGCCGACCGGGCGCCGUCUCCCACCCCUUCCCUACCCAAUACCACCCCGCCUGCUCCGUUACCAGAGAUUCAAAUCCGGCCCGACCACCAAGAAAACGUGCUGGAAAUCCACCCAGAGAUCCGUCAAUGGCAAGAGCGGGGGAUUCAGACGGACGAGGACCCCGCCAUCGACAGCGGACUGGGGACGCUGGCCGCCUCCGCGCGGGACACCAAGGCCCUGCGCGCUCGCAGUGAGGGCACUCUCGGACAGACGCCGUGGAUCGGAAUGGCCAUUGGAUUGACCUGUACAGCGCUGGCGGCCGUCAUGCUGGGCUGA